AUGUCCCACCUUACCGGUGAGACUAGUAUAUUACCUGGACGACAUCCUCAUUCAGUCAUCAUCCAGGGAACAGGCGGUCUGCGAUCUCCGUACCACCAUGAACAGUCUCCAAGCCCAUGGGUUUUCAAUGAACCUGGAGAAAAGCCACUUGGUUUCAACCACCAGGCUCCUUCACCUAGGCAUGGAAAUAGACAUCCUAACUUGCAGGAUCUUCCUGUCACAGGGCAGGUCAGACAGCCUAAGGGCCCUAGUUCUCAAGGUACAGGGGACAAGGCAAGUUCCAGUACUUCGUCUGUCCCAGUUAUUAGGCAAGAUGAUUUCCUGCAUAUCAGUGGUUCCCUGGGACAGGCUCCAUGCAAGGGAACUCCAGUGUCUCCUGUUGCCACUACAGAGGGCCAACAAAAGCAGUUCCUCGAGAUCGAUCAGGGUUUCCCUGAGGAUGAGGCGCUCCCUCCAGUGGUGGCUAUUUCCUGCCAUGAAGAAGGGCCACCUGUUCAAGGAACCAGAACGACUACACCAGUCCAUUUGGCUGGGACACUCACCUCAGCCAGCAGGCAUAAGCAGCAACCUGAUGGUGCCCUGCUAAUCAGUCAUCUGGCAGCAGAAGAUGCUGGCUUCUUUACCUGCAUUGCUUCUAAUGGCCGGGACCAAGAUCAGAAAAAUGUUCAAAUUAGACUUAGAGGAGACUUGAGAAUUAUUGACCUGCUGCCCAGGCUUUCCGUGUCUGAAGGGGAGAACGCUCAUCUUCAUUGUGAUGUGAUGGGAAACAAUGUAAACAUAAGAUGGUCAAGAAAUGGGGUUCCAGUAAGAUCAGAUGGUCAUCGUAUCCGUGUGUCUCAAGAUGGAAGCUUGUUUCUAAACAAUGUUCAGCUUGGUGAUGAGGGCUCCUAUACGUGCAAUGCCUACAGUGGCAAUCAUUCAGUCAGUGCCAGUACAGAUGUUAAAGUCAUCAAAAAGCGGCCAGAAGUGCCAGCAUCCCACCCUGUGGACGCAAGCAGGGAAUGUGUUGAUCAGCCACACCUUGCUAACUGUGAUCUGAUUCUACAGGCUCAGCUCUGCAACAAUGAGUAUUAUUCCAGCUUCUGCUGUGCCAGCUGUUCUCGCCGCUAUGGCUGAGUCACAGGCUUGCUACCCCUCUUGCAAUCCUGCUCAGGAAGAAAAGCACUCAUCUCCAAUCUCUUUAUCAAGCAUACACACGGGUAGUCAAUACAGCUAAUGUGAGAACAGAGAGAACAGUUGGCAGAAGUGGUAUCUCCACCUUCCUAAGCUGUAUUUUGUUUUGCAAGAGAAACACCAAAUCCUCUAACAGCUGGCUGACCUUUUCAUUUAAGGAAACGGAGAGUUGUUCCACUAGCAAAGCUUAACAAUACAGACAAGAAUCAAAAGUAAGUGGGAAAGUUGCUUCAAGAUAAAUCAAGGCUAGCAGACACAUUUUAAAUCAAACAUAAAAGCUAAAUUAGUGCCAGAACCCACCAAGAAAAUCUGCUGACCACAUUUUUUUGUGGAAAUUUAGCAUACUGACCUAGAAACUUGUUUCCUGCAGUUAUUUUAAAUGUCCCUGCAGUUCAAAUUUAAACAGUUAUAAGCAGACAAUGGUUGUUUUUUCAGCAGAUACAGAAAACAUUGCUGAGUUAACUACCAGCAGCACAUAUCACUUAAUAUUUGUUGGAAAUGCAUAGAACUCGGAAGCAUCUGAAGAGGAAAAUGCAUGGCAAUGUGCAGGGUUUUGUAUUCAAAUAUUCUUAAAACAGCAAGGCUGUAUUUCUUGAAAUAAGUUCAUUAAACAGUGAUCCUCUCUUACAAUUAAAUAUGUAUUCAAUUGCAUUAAGGCCUUUGAAAAAGGAAACAAAGUCUGUUGUAUCACUUCUGCAUAAACAAAUACCAGAGGGCUGUGCAAUUUGAGAAGUGGUGUUUGUUUCUAGAAUCUCACGACCGCAAUCCCCAAAGAGAUACCACUGCAUUAAUGAGUCAUAGACAAGUACUGAAUUUGCACUCGUGUAUGUUCCAAAGCACUACGCAGCCUGCCCCACUAGUGUACACAGCAUCACGACAGAAUUAAUUGGUGAUGUCUCAGAAUUGCGGAAGGGUAUGCUUUACUGCUUUCAUUAUCCCAUCCCAUGUGCUAGAUUACCUAAUACAAGGAUGACCAUUGGCACUGUAGAAGUUCAAACUGCAGUAUCUAUGCAUUCUCAAUGGCCGACUAUAAACACAUUCUACAGAGCAAGACUAGAGACAUCCCAAACCUCUUUGUGUUAACUAAUUAUUCACAACCUUUAAGUGUCUCAAUGUCUGUGAAUACUGUAAGGUAUUAUAAUUUCCUUUAAGUGUAAAAGACAGGAAAAACCAACACUGCUGGCACAUCUGCAGUUUUUUCCUCACAUGAUUCCUGCUAUAGCUUUUGAUCCACUAUUAUGGACUCAAUUAACCUUCCCAGAUUUUAGGUAGCUCAAGAUCUCAUUUCUUUUAGAAACAAAGUACAUCUGUAAUACAAUCCCACUUUUGUAGUUUGCUUGCUGGAAAAACAAAUAUGAGAAUCUGCCAUAUCUAUGAGGUUUAUACUAAGAUACACCAAUCAGAAUACAUGAAUGUUCUGAUAUCUGAGGGCAAAUAUGAUUUUAUAAUUGGGCUACUCCAUUACACGUUUCAGAUACUGUACCUGAAUAGCUAUAACCAGAUAAUGAAAAACAAAUCCCCCCAAGCAAAUCUAUUUUUUAAUUAUCUGACUGUACAAUGGGACUAUCUUCACUGAAAAUGAGAAACAUACUGUAUCAAUUGCGCCUGUAAAAAAUGAACAAACCAGUAUUUACAGCGUAUUAUGCAGAAUGUUUAGUAAUGGGAACAAGGAAAUCUUCUGCAUAUUACCUGCUGCUGAGAACUGUGGAGUACCAUAUAAACUAGGUAACAAGUUUUUCAGCUUCUUCAAUAAAGAUGCAAAUUAAUUCAGUGUUAAUAUAAUUUAACUGUAGCAUACAAACUGAGAGAACAAAACACAUUUGUAUUUUCUUACAUUCAGAAUUGAUUUUUUCAUGGAAGGUACAUCUUAUAAAAAAACAGAGAAAAAGCACAUGGUAUUCCCCCAACCAUAAAUAAUUUCCCCAACUGUCAUUUAUAAUCAUAAGGAUAAGUUUUCGUGAAGGAGUGCAUUCAUCAAAAACAUUAACCCACUGACUCUAUCUCCCCUUUAAUGGAUUGAAAAGGUAACCUUGCAACCGGCAACCAACUUAAAAUCAAGGAGAGAAGCAACCUAGAACUAAGGAGAAAUUUCCUGAGGGAACAAUUGAUCAGUGGAACAA